CUCCUCGGCUUCCCGCGAAAGAGAAUUAUGCUUGGCUCAAGCCGCCUGGCAAGCUCCGUUAGGAUUGCCAGCGCUCCCGGAGGCAUCAGGCGGGCGUCCCAGGGCAGGCCAGCCCGCUCCCGCCUCGCGUUGCCUUUGCUGCUGACUCUGCUGAUUCUCACGCCGCGGGUGGACUCGUCGUGGUGGUACAUUGGGGCCCUAGGCACAAGAGUGAUUUGUGAUAACAUCCCAGGACUAGUCAAUAAACAGCGGCAGUUGUGCCAGAGUUAUCCAGAUAUCAUGCAGUCCAUAGGGGAGGGAGCUAAGGAAUGGAUUCGGGAAUGCCAGCACCAAUUCCGUCACCACCGUUGGAACUGCAGCACUUUGGACAGAGACCACACAGUCUUUGGCAGAGUCAUGCUCCGAAGUAGUAGAGAAGCAGCCUUCGUCUAUGCAAUCUCCUCAGCUGGAGUUGUAUAUGCCAUCACCCGGGCCUGCAGCCAAGGCGAGCUGAAAGCCUGCAACUGUGAUCCCCAUAAGCGGGGGCGCUCAAAGGAUGAGAGAGGGGAGUUUGACUGGGGGGGCUGCAGUGACAACAUCAACUAUGGCAUAAAGUUUGCAAAGGACUUUGUGGAUGCCAAAGAGAAAACAGUGAAGGACGCCCGCGCUCUCAUGAAUCUGCAUAACAACCGCUGUGGCAGAACGGCUGUGAAGCGUUUCCUGAAACUAGAAUGCAAAUGUCAUGGUGUCAGUGGUUCCUGCACCUUAAGGACUUGCUGGUUGGCAAUGGCAGACUUCCGCAAAACUGGAGAUUAUCUCCGGAAAAAAUACAAUGGUGCCAUCCAAGUGACUAUGAACCAAGAUGGCUCUGGAUUUACUGUGGCCAAUAAGAACUUCCGGAAACCCACAAAAACCGACCUUGUGUAUUUUGAGAACUCUCCUGACUAUUGUGUAAUGGAUAAGUCUGCAGGUUCACUAGGAACUGCUGGUCGUGUAUGCAACAAGGUAUCACGUGGGACUGAUGGAUGUGAGGUCAUGUGUUGUGGCAGAGGUUAUGAUACCACUCAAGUAACUCGAGUCACUAAAUGCGAGUGCAAAUUCCAUUGGUGUUGUGCUGUUCGCUGCAAGGAAUGUGAAGACACUGUAGAUAUUCACACAUGUAAAGCACCAAAGCGGGCAGAAUGGAUUGAUCAAACCUGAGACAGUGCUGGACAGAUCCAGAAAAGGAAAGUAAACCUGGCACUGUGCCACCUGUGGGCCUGGGAAUUCUGGGAGUUGUAGUUCAACUGCAUGGCAUUUAUUUAACUCAUUCUGAAAAACAAAGAGAAGACUGUAUUUCCCAAGGGGUAUUAGUGGGCUCCUAUGCUCACCAAGCAGAAUUUCAUUCCCCUACUUUUUAAAAAAUGAAUUAGCAAAUGACACUGAAAAUACAGUUUUCUGUAUUUGGUAUUACUGUCCAAAAAUGGGAGAAUGCAAUUGCUAUAAACACAGGACACUAAGAAUCAGGCUGUGAUUUAGGUGCCUCAUUCUAAAAACAGUAUGGGCAGUAAAUUAUAAAUAGCAUAUGCACCCAAAAGUAGGAGAAAACAACAACAAUUAUUCUGUCCAACGUGGAAGAAAGCACACUGUUUCCUAUAGAAAGGUGGCAACCAAAUGCUAAGAAAGCACAAUGGUUUACUCAGAUCUUCUUUCAAACAGAGGUCACCAUGCCUGCACUAUGGACAUCAGCUGAAAAAGAGCAAGUUUGUAUAAAGGGACUUUCAUUAUAUUCCCUCUUCAACUGAAAUUGAACCAUGGAAUUACAAAUUGUUUUCAAAAAGAAAAUCAAUUCUACAGAGAGGACAGAAUAAAAAAGAUGAAAGAAAGUUGAGAGUAUGUGUAUGUGUCUGGACAUGCUGGUAAAAUGGAUCAUCAUUAGAUCAUCUCUUAUGAAAUGGUCUACUGAAAGGCUGCCAAAACUAUUGUGUGCCUGAAAAGGAAUGUUCACAAGAAUGGAAUAGGUCUAAGAAAUGUUAAGACUAAACGACACACAGGUUUCCCACUAUCUGUUGCAGAAAAUAACAGAAGACCUGGGAACAUCAUUCUUUGCUUCCAUAGCAACAAGCAGCUCAACUUUGAAAAUGUCCCAUCUUUGCAAGGUCAUAACUCAUAUUCAUGUAUAGCAUUGUAUUGGCAUAGUUUGCUAUUCAUCUAUGAAAGCUUUGAUUAUGAGACUGCAUCAGGCAAUAUGAACAAGAUGGAGUUUGGUAAAGGAAAAAAGGAGAGUUUUAGUAUCAGUCUUGCAUUUUUACAUUCAAAUGGUUUCUCACAUUUAUAUUCAUUCUGAGUAAUAGUGCCUUUAAAAUUCCUUGGCCUAUUUUUAUCAUGUUUUCAUUGGAAUCUGUAAUACAUUUCUGCAUUCCAUAGUUGAUAUUUCAAAACUGUUCUUCACCUGUCCCAGUUAUCUUUGCUUGGUCUACUUAAGCAUAAUAAUAUACAGGUACUUCUUUUGAACAUUCUAAAAUAUUUCAUGUAUCUCAGCCAUCCUUACAACCAACCAUGCAAGAUUGGACAGUGUUAUUACUUAAGCAACAGUGCAGAAGCUGAAGCUAUGAGACUGUAGUUAGCUUAACCAUUACAGUAAGUUUUGCACCAUUAAAUGAACAGAAAAAGGAUAUACAUUAUGCUUUCCAUUACCACUGUAGGCUCUACUUCCAUUGCCAUUACAAAUUUUUUUUAAGUCAGAAUAAGUUUGAGUUAGCAUUAUUAUACCAAAAAGCAAUUCCAAAUAAAAUAU